CAAAUCCAUCGUGCGCGCGUGUCACCAGGAGCAUAUAGCUGCCCCCAUGUAUCUCACAAAAUGCGCCGUCUGUGCCACCGAGCUUGGCUUAACCAUGGGCAAGAAAUGCGGCCGCUGCAGUACACGCUACUGCGGGCCCGAAUGCCAGGUGCAGCACUGGAAGGAGGGUGGGCACGACAAGCUCUGCAAAUUGAUAAAAAAAGGAGGCGGAGCCGAACAAUACAACGCAAAUAAGAAGUACGCUGAGGCGGUUGCGGUCGCGGUCGAGAAAUGCGCGGACGACACGAAAGGCCAGACGUGCUUCAUCUGCACCCAGGCCCUCCACUGGAAGACGAAGGAGGGCCUCGUGCGCGGGUGCGCGUGCCGCGGGACGGCAGGGUUUGCGCACGUGUCGUGCUUGGCGGAGCAGGCGAAGAUUUUGGUCGCGGAGGCGGAGGAGAACAACUUGGACGACAACCAGUGGCAUCGGUGGCACACGUGCAGUCUGUGCGAGCAGGAAUACCACGGCGUCGUGAAAUGCGCGUUCGGGUGGGCGUGCUGGAAGACGUACCUGGGUCGGCCGGAGGGGGACUGGGCUCGGAGUUCCGCGAUGAUGAUGCUUGGGAACGGUUUAUCAGCAGCAGGGCACGACGAGGACGCGUUGUCCGUGAGAGAGGCCGAGCUGUCUAUAGAGCGGCGGCAUGGUACAUCAGAAAAUGAUAUUCUUAUCUCGCAGACAAAUCUUGCGAACACGUAUCAGAAGCUUGGGCGGUUUGAACAGGCCAACUCUAUGCUGCGAGACGUAUACUCCGGCUGGCUGAAGUUCAGUGGCGAGGAGCACAGCUCAGCCCUCAUAGCCGCCAACAACUACGCGGCGUCCCUUAGUAGCCUCAAGCGCUUUGAAGAAGCCAAGUCGCUGUUGCGCAGAACGAUACCAGUGGCGCGACGCGUUCUUGGUGAGAGUGAUAAUAUCACGCUCAAGAUGAGGAGAAGUUACGCGGGGUCGCUAGUCAUGAACAACGGCGCCACGCUCGACGAUCUCCGCGAGGCCGUGACGACGCUCGAGGACGCGGAACGGAUCGCGCGGCGCGUGCUCGGUGGCGCGCACCCAAACGCGUGUUUGAUGGCGGGGUCCCUGCGUGAAGCACGAGAAACCCUCCGCGCCCGCGAAAUGCUGGCUACACUCCCGGCCCCGCGCUUCAAAGUAGGUGCACGUGUGGAAUGCAAAGUCGAGGCAAAAUUUUUAGAAGGGACUGUCGUGCGCCAUCACUACCGCGAGUCUGACUGGGAGCCCGGCGUCUUCGCCCCCUACCAGGUCAAGCUCGACGGCCGAAGGUCCGGCCGUGACCUUGUUUUUGCGCCUCGGGACGAUGACCGGUCCAUCCGGGCGGCCGGCGCGGACUCGGACGCCGAAACAAUCUAGUAAGACAACAGUAUUACCUCCC